AUGGUGAAAGCCACAAACAGUGGUGCUGAGAGUGAGGUAGAGUCUACCUCCUUAUUUGGAUGGCAGAAUAGCAGGGUGGAUAGAACUUACUUGUCAGAGUUAGUCAUAUUUUCUUACCUUCUACACAGCCUUCUUAGCAUUGGAUACAUCCUUCUUCAGUUCUUCAAGUUAUCACGUGAAGAAUCUUCGACAAAUCCAUUAUAUUUUGUGUUAGUGAGACAUCAUAAAAGGGAAAACACCUCGAGAAUCCCUGUUGUAACUGUAAGAGCAAUCUAUUCUGCACUAGCAUUUUUGACGAUGGGAGCUUUAAUUUACACUCUUAUUAAAGAUAUAUCUGGCUCAUAUGCUGAUCCAUUCACAAAGUGUUUUUUAGCAAAUAUGGCAGACCUCUAUAUCCAUGCUGUGAUGUUUGCGGUGUGGAUAGCAUACAAAGAAUCAAGUUGGCUAAUAGCUUCCUUAUGGAUAAUUUCACUUUUAUGUUUUGGGAGCAUUACUCUAUGUGUAUACAUAGUUAACCAAUUGUUCAGCAUCUCACCUGAGAAACCGGCUUCGUCUAUCAUUUUCAGUAGCAGUGACAUAUGCUUGCAGUCAAGUGAGCCAUUAUUCGCAUCACAUGCCAAUGUAUAAAUAUGUCUCGCUACCUACAAGUUGUUUGUUUUUCUUAAUUUGUUAUUAAUAUUGGGUCUUCUUAUUUUGUUAAUAAUGAUGUUAUCUAAUAUUUUAUCUAUCAAAACAACUGUUU